UUCCGUCCCAAACACACGAAUUGUUUCUGUAGUAGAAAAAAAACGGCGAGAGAUUCGAUUCGACAUCUGACAGUUGCGGCGGAAGUAAUGGCGAACAUAGAAUCCGAAGCAAUCGAUUUCGAGCCAGAGGAGGAUGACCUCAUGGACGAAGAAGAGGCUGGAGCAGCUGACGUUUCCCCACGCGCCGCUGGGCAUCCGAGGCUUAGGUCAGCUAUCGCCGGAGCAAACGGCGACUCGACGGAUAGGAAGACCAAAGGCCGCGGCUUUCGCGAGGAGAGAGACUCCGAUCGCCAGCGCCGCCUUUCCUCGCGCGAUUUCGAGUCGCUAGGUUCCGAUGGCGGUCCUGGCCCGCAGCGAUCUAUUGAGGGGUGGAUUAUUUUGGUCACCGGAGUUCAUGAGGAGGCACAAGAGGAUGAUCUAUCGAAUGCUUUUGGUGAUUUUGGGGAGAUUAAGAGUUUGCAUCUCAAUCUCGAUCGCCGUACUGGUUUUGUCAAGGGCUAUGCUUUGGUAGAAUAUGAGAAGAGUGAAGAAGCACAGAAUGCUAUCAAAGCAAUGAAUGGUGCUGAGCUUCUUACACAGAAUGUCAGCGUUGACUGGGCCUUCAGCAGUGGACCCAAUGCUGGAUCUUACAGGAGAAAGAACUUGAGGUCUGGGAGGUCACAACGUUCAAGAAGCCCGAGAAGACGUUUCUGAUUGUAUGAUUUGGUUGGAGAGUUGUCUCCACAUCUCUCUCAGUAUCUCGGAUUCUAUCUCUUAUCUUUAAGUUGCGAGUGUUUCAGCUCCUUAUUUUUUUUGCUGGGUUGCAUAAGUUUGGCUGUUUUGUACCUUGUGUAAUCCUAUGCAUUGGCAUAGGGUUGUUGGCGUUUGUAAACACCAUGAGAUAUGUUUUAAUGCUUCUGGUUUGGGAGAAGUUAGUUGAGUAAGAAGACGCUUUCAUUUCAUUAUCAUUACAUCGUUUUCCUU